AUGCAAGACUGUACAUGCGCAUUUUAUGUCCUGCGGACGCUGGCCCACGUCGGAGAGCUCACCACGUCGUCUCAAGUCCCUCUCGAAACAGCGCUCCAGGCGACGUCGACAGCAGAGCGCCCCAGCCUUGCCGUACUGAGCUGUGAGCGUUGUCGUCAACAGCGGCUGCCGCUUACUGCUGUCACGAUACUAUGUGCUCAUCUGGUUGAUUGGCUGUGUCGGCUGUGGAAUCUCAUGGACAACGAUGCCAGCGAGGCGUCGACAGAUGCCAGCAGCACCACAACGACUACCACGACUACCACGACCACAACGACUACCACGACUACCACGACCACAAACAAUUCAAACACCAGGAGCAACAUCAGCAAUCUGAGCAACACCAUUAACAUCAACAACCACUCUGAGAGCCAGCUCUCACUUCAGCCGUGGAAGUUUUCUCUUGGCAACUACGAUCUUGCUGCCGACGAAGCCGAUGCUCUCAGCAAUGAACUCAUAACUCUACGCCUCAUCAAUUUCUCUGCUGUCCUGGGCUCUCUAGAGGCUGCCCUCGUCACAUCUGGACUUACACCAUCCAUGUCUUCGUCACCACCUGAGCGAUUCACCAGCAACCCAACCGCCACUGACCUUGCGGCCAUUGCCCCAACUUGUCUCGACAUUGUGCGUGCCAAUCUCCGUCUUGUGCGCAUAUCCAUACGCCGCCUCAAAGAGAAGUCACUGCUAAACAACAGCGGAUCAAGUACGAUACUUUAA